UAGUGAUAAGCCGACUCCUCCAGUUUGUUUUUAAUUAUCUGUUGUACUGAUAAGACUUAUGGUUUAACUGUGAUUAGUAUAAUUUAUUAUAAUAAUUAAGUCCCUUUAAAAUCCUCGGAACAACAUAAAUGACAGAAAGCUGCAUCAAAAGACAUCAGUUCUUCUGUCCACCAUCAUGGUAAAAUGCUCGAAGGAUAAGAGAGAUAUUUAUUAUCGGCUGGCCAAGGACGAAGGUUGGAGGGCCAGAAGUGCGUUUAAGUUGAUUCAAAUAGAUGAGAGGUUCAAUUUAUUUGCAGGUGUUCAAAAGGUUGUUGACUUAUGUGCAGCCCCUGGAAGCUGGAGCCAAGUUCUUGCAGCUCGUCUGAAUAAAAACAAAGAAAAAAAUGACUGUGCCAAAAUCGUGGCUGUUGAUUUGCAAGCUAUGGCUCCAAUACCAGGAGUGAUACAAAUUCAGGGAGACAUAACUCAGGCGAAAACUAUCUCUGAUAUAAUAUUUCAGUUCAAUGGUGAGAGGGCUGACCUGAUUGUUUGUGAUGGAGCACCUGAUGUGACAGGGAUCCAUGAUCUGGAUGUUUAUUCUCAAAGUCAACUGCUUGCUUCUGCUCUGAAUAUCACAAGGCACCUGCUCAAACAAGGUGGCAAUUUUGUUGCAAAAAUGUUCCACGGUGCUGAUACGUCCUUAAUUCGAUCACAAUUCAAUCUAUUCUUUCAGACAGUUGUCAUCCAUAAGCCUCCAAGUUCAAGAGCGUCCAGUAUAGAGGCAUUUGCCAUUUGCUUUAACUUUAAAGGCACAGGAAGCAAUAGUGAAUCAGAAAUUUUGGAUAGUUCAAGCCUAGUCACGCCAGUUGCUGAUCAGCAGCUAGCACGAUAUUUACAGUGCGGCGAUCUUAAUGCACUUCUCGCCUCAAGCACAACAUAAUUUACCAUCAAGAUAUCAACGCUAACUCCUUGCUGCAAGCACUAUCUCUCCUACGAUCAAAUGGCAAAGUUAAUCCAGCAAUUUAUCAUCAGUUUAGCUUUCUUGAGGUCAACUUAAUCUUGAAUCAGAUACCAAUAUGCACAGAAGCGUAAGCAUGAAUGAAUAAAAUAACCUUUUAAAAAUGUUACAAUGAUCAAUGAGCAAAAUAGAAAACUCAUUUGGUACGAUUCUGUGAGAAUUUGAACUUGCUAAAUAUACUUGAUUGCCACAUAGGGUUAAAGAAUCAAGGAAUCCUAUCUUUGAAUACUACCCUAUUCCAUUGAAAAGAAAACUUUCUAAUUGCGCUCAGUCUUUCAAAUUUUUUUCUUACUUUUUCUCUUUUUUUAACUUGUUCAUUUUGUAUUGCCAGUAAAAUUUUUGUUUCUCAA